AUGUCCAGCGCUGAGGAUACAUUUAUUUACGACUCUGGUAUAGAAAUGUCUCACGAUGAAAUGGAGGCAUUAGCUGACGCGCUACCCACAAUGUCAAAAUCCAGUCAAGCAACAAAUUAUGCAGAAUUGGGUGAAAGUAAAGAUUCGUUUGGUAACGAAUACCGUGUAAUCUUGAAAUGCAGCAAAUACGAUGGGUUGAAAAUAUGUAAAAUGAAAAAACCCAAUCACCUGUUGAUUUCUCACAGACCCAAGACGACGAUAUCGAGGAUCCAGAACCCCUCUACAGCUACCCCAACCACAUCGAAUGAAUGUUGGUCGGAAUGUUUUGAUAAAUUUUAUAUAAAUAAGAACGAUUGGAAAAAAAUUGCCAAUAUUAUUUGUGAUUUCUGUUGCGACGCAUAUAGUGUUUUAAAUUCUUCAUCCCCAGCAGGUAUUGACGUAAUACCACCAACCCCCCUGCCUACAACACCUGUGGAACAAAAGCAGUUGGAGCCAGCAAAAAAGCAAAAGUACAACAAUACCAAAAGUGGUGAGGCGAAGAAGAAGAAAACCAAAGUUCUACAGAUGGAUGAGGAAGCGACUAGUGAGGUGAGAGUACAAUUUAAUACACCACAAGAAUUAUGUUGUGCUACAAAAAUUAUGUUAGCAUUUAUGUGCAAAUAUAAGAAGGGUUGUGAAGAAACAAUUGCGCAAUUUGGAAAUGUAAUGAAUGAACAGUUUCCCUACCCCUACAAGGAUUUUUUGGGUUGGUCCGAUUAUAUUGAAAUGAGUAGUUCAAAGAUAAACAACAAAUAUUGACUUGAAAUUUUUUUUCAGCAAAAUCAAGUAAUUGCAGCCAUUGUUACACUUAUGCCCACAGAGAACUCGGCGGUUAAAACAGUCUUAGCGCGUAACGAUGAUUUAAAAUUAAUCUAUAAUUAUGAUAACUACAUAGGGUUUGUAUAGUCAAAUGAAAAAGUAGUCAACUAUUACUACCAUUGUGUAAAUAAAAGUAAAGUGUAAAUUUUUAUCUUUUUAUAGUGAUGCUGAAAAAAGCAAGUAAUGACUUUGAACUUAUUAAAAAAGCUGCAAGAUUAUUAAAAGGUGAAACAUUAACUAAGGAACAAAAGAACUUAUAUACAUUGCAUGCUAAAAAAAUACAUAGAAUAAAACGUUUAAAAAUUCGUGUGUAUAACAAAAAUGAACAAUGGAGUAUUGAUUUAGCAGACUUGAAUGAAUUAUCGGGUUAUAAUAAUCAAUAUCGUUAUAUCCUUGUGUGUGUUGAUGUGGCAAUGCGUUACACUUUUGUAAAAAUGCUAAAAACAAAAUCUGGCAAAAAUGUUUGUGCUAAAUUUGAAGAAAUUAUUCAUGAAAACGGACCUCCCAAAAAAAUACAAGCAGACGAAGUUACAGAAUUUAAUGAUAUAAAAAAAACUGGCACCAAAAUAAUAAUUUAA